GCCAGGCAGAAGGAGCCUAGCGGAUGCAGGGUGCCGGUCAGCCCUGAGACCUGCAGAAGCCAAGGCCGGGGAGAAGCCAUGGGCUCCGUGGGCAGCCAGCACCUCAAGGAGCCCAGCGUGGCGGGCACCCCGGACCGGGGUGUGGUGACGAGCUUCAGCUUCGACAGCUGCCAGCUGGAGGAGGAGGUGGCCGCAGGGACGGCUCAGGGCCGGGACUGCCGGCCUGGGGGUGCCCCGGUUUUCCCGGACUCUGUGGUAGAGGAGCCGGUGCCCGAUGACCGCUACCACGCCAUCUACUUCGCGAUGCUGCUGGCCGGCGUGGGCUUCCUGCUGCCAUACAACAGCUUCAUCACCGACGUGGACUACCUGCACCACAAGUACCCAGGGACCUCAAUUGUGUUUGACAUGAGCCUCACCUACAUCUUGGUGGCGCUGGUGGCCGUGCUCCUGAACAACGUGCUGGUGGAGAGACUGACCCUUCACACGAGGAUUACCGCAGGCUACCUCUUGGCCUUGGGCCCCCUCCUUUUCAUCAGCAUCUGUGAUGUGUGGCUGCAGCUCUUCUCUCAUGACCAGGCCUACGCCAUCAACCUGGCUGCUGUGGGCACCGUGGCCUUAGGCUGCACAGUGCAGCAAUCCAGCUUCUAUGGCUACACGGGGAUGCUUCCCAAGAGAUACACGCAGGGCGUGAUGACUGGGGAGAGCACGGCGGGCGUGAUGGUGUCCCUGAGCCGCAUCCUCACCAAGCUGCUGCUGCCAGAUGAGCGGGCCAGCACACUCAUCUUCUUCCUGGUGUCAGCGGGCCUGGAGCUGCUCUGCUUCCUGCUGCACCUGCUGGUGCGGCGCAGCCGCUUCGUGCUCUACCACACAGCGCGGCCUCGCGACAGCCGCCCGGGCUGCAGGGCCGGCUACCGCGUGCACCACGACGUCGCCGCGGGGGACGUCCACUUCGAGCACCAAGGCCCAGGCCUGGCCAACAGCGGGUCCCCGAAGGACAGCCCGGCCCAUGAGGUGACCAGCCACAGCGGGGGAGCCUACACACGCUUCGAUGUGCCUCAGCUGAGAGUCACGCGCAGCUGGCCCUCCUUUAGAGCCCUGCUGCUGCACCGCUACGCCGUGGCCCGCGCCAUCUGGGCCGACAUGCUGUCCAUCGCCGUGACCUACUUCAUCACACUGUGCCUGUUCCCGGGUCUCGAGUCCGAGGUCCGCCACUGCGUCUUGGGCGAGUGGCUGCCCAUCCUCAUCAUGGCCGUGUUCAACCUCUCCGACUUCGUGGGCAAGAUCCUGGCUGCUCUGCCCGUGGACUGGCGGGGCGCCCACCUGCUGGCCUGCUCCUGCGUGCGCGUGGUCUUCAUCCCUCUCUUCAUCCUGUGCGUCCAUCCCAGCGGCACACCUGCCCUGCGCCACCCAGCCUGGCCCUGCGUCUUCUCUCUGCUCAUGGGCAUCAGCAACGGCUACUUUGGCAGUGUGCCCAUGAUCCUGGCAGCGGGCAAAGUGAGCCCCAAGCAGCGGGAGCUGGCGGGGAACACCAUGACCGUGUCCUACAUGACGGGGCUGACGCUGGGCUCCGCGGUGGCCUACUGCACCUACAGCCUCACCCGGGACGCCUACAGCACCUGCUUCCACCCCUCCACCAACACCUCCUCCCCGGCUGGCCUCUGAGCCGGGGCUGCCCCCCACCUCAGGCCCGGACUAGGGGGCCCGAGGCCCGAGGCCCCUUCCCCACCCCUGCCUGCAGUGCCUGCGGGGCCCCGGCCUCCCCCUGUGCCAGUAACGCCACCCUCAGGGUCCAGCCGUCCGUCAUUCUGGCCCCAGGGUUCUGCUGAGCCCUCUGGCCACCCAGGGCCGCCCUGGGCCACCCAGCACUGUGCUCUGCGUUGUGUCUUGAGCCUGCCCUUCACCCUCCGUGUCCAGUGGCCCCACCUCUCGCCAGGCCAGUGCUCUCUGGGGUCACAGCCAUUCCCAGCCAGGAGAGCAGACUGCCAGUAACCCCUCCUGGUGACCCUCACCCAUGGCCCCGGACCCCAGCCCCCCUUCACCAGGAGCCCCUCCUCAUGAACAUAAGAGGUUCACAGUAGAGAGGGCCUCUCCCCAUCUGUUUGUAAACACUGGUUCUUCCAAACAAAAUGCAUUUGCCAAGAAGGAAUCGUAGCCCUGGGUCUGAAUGGUCUCAGCCCGCGGUCUCCGCUCUCUGACCACAGCUUCUACACCUGCCCGGGCACGCCCACCCCGCAUCGAAAUCCCUGUGCACCUGGCACACACCUGAUGCCAGGGCCCUGGCGGUCUGUGCCUGACAGGAGCCUGUCAACUUCUCUGUACCCCUUGUCUGUCUGUGACACCAGAAGGGGGCACACCCUGGUUGAAGUCUCUCUCAGAUUUCGAUCCUCACCCAGGGGGCCCCAGGGAGGGACGUGAGGCGCUGGCAAGUAGAGAGAUGCGGGGGUCCCUCCUCAGCCGGGACCCUCGAGCUCCAGGCUGGCCCAGUGCCCUGAGCAGAGGAGAUUCUGGAGCGUCUUGCCAAAGACAGGCUUUUCUGGGGAGAGGACAGUCUGCCCUGCCACGCCCACAAACAGCUACAACCACCCACCCUUCUGUGUCCUGUCCACCCGUCUGUCCACUAACUGUACCGCACCAGCCAUUAAAAGAUGAAGACAGAAACUCCCCAA